UCUGCAGCUGGUUUUGGAAUUACAGCUGUUAUCUGGAGCGGAAUGGUUUACAUUUACUACUUCAGAUGUUUCGAAUUUUCAACCCAGUUUGAGGGGUUAAAUUGGGUUUGAUAUUUGAGUACAAAUGUGUAUAGUAGUAACAGAUAUUGGUGGAGAGGAGCGUAGUAAUAAAUGGGAAAUAAUUGUGUUCAUUCUAAGUUUACAAAGGGUGGGUUCUUCAACUUAUUCUUUUGGCGAUCUCGAUCACCGGAUAUGAUUACUAAUAAGAAAAAACCAAAGGGUAUAGAACAUUCUACAGACAAACAACCUGAACGUGAGAACUCCAUUCAGAAUAAACCCCCAGAAAUGGUGAUGAUAGACAGGGAAAAGCCCGAUCAGGAACACAAGAAAGACACUCAGGUAGUUAAACAGGAGAAGAUAUCAGUUGAUUUGAAACCGAAUGAAGCAAUACAACCUGAAAAGUCUGACAAUACAAUCCAUCAAAAGGCGAAACCAAAAGAGUCUGCAAAACCGAAGAAGCCACAUGUCAAGAGAAUGCUUAGUGCAGGACUCCAGGUUGAGUCUGUGUUGAAAACAAAAACUGGUCUUCUGAAGGAGCAUUAUGAUUUGGGAGAUAAACUUGGACAUGGCCAAUUUGGGACAACAUUUCUUUGCGUUGAAAAAGCAACAGGGGAAAAGUAUGCAUGUAAGUCGAUAGCAAAAAGGAAAUUAUUGACACCUGAAGAUGUGGAAGAUGUAAGGAGAGAAAUCCAGAUAAUGCAUCACUUAUCUGGAAAUCCUAAUGUCAUUUCAAUAAAAGCGGCGUACGAGGAUGGUGUUGCGGUUCAUGUUGUGAUGGAACUAUGUUCAGGAGGCGAGCUCUUUGAUAGGAUUGUUAAGCAGGGACAUUACACGGAGAGACAAGCGGCUGAGCUUGCAAGGACAAUAGUUGGUGUAGUAGAAGCCUGCCAUGCUCUAGGAGUGUUGCACUUGGACCUUAAGCCUGAGAAUUUUCUCUUUGUCAACGAGAAAGAGGAUUCACCUCUAAAGAUUAUAGAUUUCGGGCUAUCAAUGUUUUUCAAGCCAGGGCAAAUAUUCUCUGAUAUUGUUGGAAGUCCUUAUUAUGUUGCUCCAGAAGUUCUACAAAAGCGUUAUGGUCAAGAAGCUGAUAUCUGGAGUGCAGGUGUAAUAAUUUACAUUCUUCUCACUGGUGUACCUCCAUUUUGGGGUGAAAGUGAGCAGGAAAUAUUUGACGAGGUUUUACGUGCCGAUAUUGACUUCACAUCAGAUCCUUGGCCUAACAUCUCUGGAGAUGCAAAAGAUCUGGUGAAGAGAAUGCUUGUUAGGGACCCGAGGCAACGACUUACUGCACAUGAAGUUCUAUGCCAUCCUUGGGUGAAGAUUGAUGGUGUGGCUCCGGAUAAGCCUCUUGAUUCUGCAGUGUUGAGUCGCUUAACUCAGUUUUCUGCCAUGAACAAGCUUAAGAAAAUGGCUCUCAUGGUUAUUGCAGAGAGUCUUUCUGAAGAGGAAAUUGCAGGCUUGAAAGAGAUGUUCAAAAUGAUUGACACAGAUGACAGUGGACAUAUUACUUUAGAUGAACUGAAGGUUGGACUUAAGCAAUUUGGGGCUGAUCUUAGUGAGACAGAGAUACGAGACUUGAUGAAAGCGGCUGACGUUGACAACAGUGGUACCAUUGACUAUGGGGAAUUCAUAGCUGCAAUGCUUCACGUCAACAAAGCUGAGAAGGAAGAUUAUCUCUCUGCUGCUUUUUCAUAUUUUGACAAAGAUGGGAGCGGGUAUAUUACUGCAGAUGAACUUCAAAAGGCUUGUGAGGACUUUGGCAUGAAGGAUGUCCGCUUGGAAGAAAUCAUUCAAGAAGUUGAUCAAGACAACGAUGGACGGAUAGAUUAUAGCGAGUUUGUGGCGAUGAUGCAAAAAGGAAAUGCAAAUUUCGGUAACAGACGCUUGCCCAAUAAUUUCAGCAUCGGAUUUCGAGAUGCAACAAAGGUUUGCUGACAUAGAAAGAUAUUUGUACCUUCUUGCUUAUUCCUAUUUUCUGUUUUUAGUUUCUCUCCUUCAUCAACCUCCCAUGAUUUUUUGCUGUCACACCAUGAUUUUUGAAAUGUACAGAAGUGUAUAGUAGGGUCAAAACACAGAGAAAAUGCCAGCUCUUAUUAAUUUUAAACUCCCAAGUUGUAUAAUUAGCUUAUCAGUUUAAUAUAUAUUCUAGAAAAUAGGAUGCACUCUUUGUAAAAUAUUUCAAGAAAAAUAAGGUAAUG